UAUAAACAAGGAAAGCAAAAUAAUAUAUUCUUGAAGUUAUACAAGUAACAAACAUAAAAUAUAUUGAUUGCACAAACAUGCGGAAUGACAGCUUAUUUUGCAUUUCUACAUACCAAAACUAUGAUUAGUUUGUAAAAACUGCUUUAAUUGAUAUGAAACGUAUUUAAUUAUGACAUAAAUUAUUUUGGAAUAAAUUUCUACUUUUGAAUUCUGGGUAAAAGCACGUUGUUUUUACUUUACUAAUGAGAGCUAAACUGAGCACAUCUAAUUUUACCGAAAAUGCCAAAUACUGCUAAAAACCACCAAGAAUGCAGGAAAUCUGUUUGUUUUCUUUGUUUUAGUAAAAGUCAACGAAAGCUAACAUCAAAUCUAAAAGAAAGAUGUCAGAUUAUACUGAAAGAGAAAAUCAACUUUAAUGAUGACAAAGUUCCACUUGGAAUAUGUGAAAAAUGUCGCUCUUGUUUAAGAAGGAAGGAAAGUGGAGAAGACAUCACACUCCCAUCAUUGUAUAAGUUUGAGACUAUAAAACUUCGACCAGAAACUCGAGACUCUCACUGUAACUGCUUGAUCUGUUCAAUUGGUAAACUGAGACACAAUGGUCAAAUGAAAAUUGAAUUCGCACAAAGUUCAGCAACUAGAACACCUUCUUUAACAGUAGAAAAAAGAUGCUCAGACUGUUUUUCAAUUAUUGGUCGAGGAUUGCCUCACAACUGCACAAAAGGCACUUUGAGAAAUAAUCUUGUUGCUGUAGUAACAAAGGAUCCUUUGGCAUCAGAAAGAAUUGCAGCUCUUGUUGUUUCAAAUAAAGCUCCUUCUCCACAUGGAACUGUUCGAUUAAGUCAACUUUAUGGUGGAAGAAUGCUUCCAGUAACACCAAGUUCGUCAUCAGCUAGACAACUUUUCUCUUCAAAUUCAUCAAUAAGUGUAAAAGACCUUGCUAAAGUUCAAGCAAACACAGGGCUUUCAAACAAUGGCAUUAAGAGGUUAGCAGCUACUAUUAAUCAGUCAACCUCACAACAGAUUGUUGAAAAAAAUUACGCCAUAAAAUUUGACAAAUUCAGCAAGCAACUUGUACAUCAUUUCACAAGUUCAUUAAUUCAAGAUCACGCUGGAUGUGUGAGGACAGUCAUACAUUGCAAGAACUUCCAUGAGCUUAAAAAUGAAAUUAUAGCCAUGAGAAGUACAUCAAAAAAUCACAUUGUAAAGGUUGGAAUUGACGGAGGAGGUGGGUUUCUGAAAGUUACCCUGGGAAUUAUUGAAUUAAAUCAUGAACCUUGCAUUCCCCCAGCAAAAAUCAACUGCACAAGCAAGGUUUUUAAGGACACUGGUGUAAAACAACAACUAGUCAUUGCUGUCUGUGAGGAGCUUCAAGAAAGUUAUACUAACGUUUUGCAAGUAUUUGAGUUGAUUAAAUUGAAAGACCAGGAGUUUGUCAUGUCCUGUGAUCUAAAACUUGCUAAUAUAAUUUGUGGGCUUCAAGCACACUCAAGUGCACAUCCCUGCACCUGGUGUGAAUCUGGUUCAAAAGAACUUGUAAAUCAAGGGAAAUUGAGGACUUUUGAAUCUCUGGAAAAAAAUGUCUCACUCUUCAAGUCAGCUGGUUCCAAUAUUAGAAAAGCUCGUGACUAUAAAAAUGUUGUUCAUUCUCCAAUAUUUAAACUACCUGGAGACACUUUGGUUUUGAAUUUUCUUCCUCCCAUGGAAUUGAAAAUAAGCGCUCAUAUUGCAUAUUUGUGCAAUCAAUAA